AUGCUCGCCUCUACCCGCUCGGCGGCCGCCAUGGCCCUGCGAGCCAAACCCAUCACAACCGCCAUGGUUCCCUUCCGUGCCGCUGCCGCGCUUUCCACCAGCUCGAAACGAGACGCCACCUCGCUGACACCGCACAACGGCGCCAGCGGCCUCGCCAAGGCCCGCAAAGAAGUGCCCAUCGGCAGCCAAGAGGGCACCAAGGGUGUCAUCCAAUACGCCCUGACCUCACUCGACGUCAUCGCCAACUGGGCCCGCCAGUCCUCGCUUUGGCCCAUGACCUUUGGCCUCGCCUGCUGCGCCGUCGAGAUGAUGCACCUCUCCACCCCGCGCUACGACCAGGACCGUCUCGGCAUCAUCUUCCGUGCCUCGCCGCGCCAGUCCGAUGUCAUGAUCGUCGCCGGCACCCUCACCAACAAGAUGGCCCCCGCCCUCCGCCAGGUCUACGACCAGAUGCCCGACCCCCGCUGGGUCGUCUCCAUGGGUAGCUGCGCCAACGGCGGUGGCUACUACCACUACAGCUACUCCGUCGUCCGCGGCUGCGACCGCAUCGUGCCCGUCGAUAUCUACGUCCCCGGGUGCCCGCCCACCUCCGAGGCUCUCAUGUACGGCAUCUUCCAGCUCCAGCGCAAGAUGCGCAACACCAAGAUUACCCGCAUGUGGUACCGCCGGUAA